AUGUCCUCAAAAGAAUCACGAAGACGUUCAAAUAGAAGAUCAAACCGCAAAUAAAAAUAGUAUAUAUUCUUAAAGCGAUAAUCUUUUAGUUCUACUACUACUUCUUCGGUAGUGACUGAUGAUGAGUCUAAUGGAAGCUCUUCAAGUGAUGAUGAUUAGCAUUAUAAAUACAGGAGGGGAGAAUAUAUCAAAGAAUACAAGGUCAAGAGACAUAUAUUUGAUGGUACUUUUGGAAGGGUCUUGAAAGUCAAGAGGAGAAAUUCAAAGACAUAUGCCAUGAAGGUAGUCAGACACAAUCAUGUUGAGAGUGCAUAAUCAGAAGCUGAUGUUUUAUUUCAUCUAAAGAAAAAAGGAUUAGGUCGCAGUUUUGUUGAAUUGUAUGAAUGUUUUCACCAUAGAGGGUACUAUUGCAUGAUUUUUGAGAGACUUGGACCCAGUCUCUAUGAAUUGAUGAAGUUCCAUAAAAAUCAAGGACUUCCUAUGACUUUAAUACGAAGCAUCAGUAAAUAAUUAUUAAAGUUCAUUGGUUAAUUACAUGAUCUUAAAAUUGUUCACACUGAUUUAAAACCAGAGAAUAUCCUUUUUAGUAAAAAUUACAAAUUCAAAAAAGGAUAGAACGAUUUGUACUUACCACAAGAUGAGAGAAUCAAGAUCAUAGACCUCGGUGGAGCAGUGUUUGAUCACGAAGGACAUGAUUGUAUAAUUAAUACACGUCAAUAUAGAGCUCCUGAGGUUUAGUUGUAAUGUUGUGAAUGGGAUCAUAAAAGUGAUGUUUGGGGGAUUGCCUGUAUCAUCGCUGAAAUGUAUUUAGGACAGUUGCUAUUUUAAACAAGAAAAAAUGAGUAUGAACAUAUGGCUUUGGUUGAAAAAAUAACUGAUCAAAACUUCCCUUAUUGGAUGGCCAGCAAUGCCAGAGGAUCAUUGAAAUAAUAAUUCACAAGGAGUUCUACCAAUGGGAAAUACUACAUUUGGCCUUAGGAAAAUACGACGAAGGAGAGCAUUGCUAAAGUCGAAAAUCAAAAACCAUUAAGGGAAUUGAUACUUGAUCCAUUAUUAAGAGAUUUAUUAUAAAAAAUGCUUGAAAUCAGUCCCGAAAAAAGAAUCAGUUGUCACGAAGCUUUGCAUCAUAAAUUCUUUCGUCAUUGA